GAACAUACUAGAAUGGAAUUUAUCGGUAGUGUCAGAAAAUGGAAGUGGCUAUUUAAUUCCAAUGCUAAAAUGGAACUAGGGAUUUCGACGGUUCCACAAAAAAAGCCGGGAUAAUCAGACUUUCUUUCUUCUUUCAGACUUCUCUCUACUGAAAUAAAAAUGUACGGAUAAAAUUACGCGCGGGCGCACGUAAUUCCAUAGGUGAAAAUGAAAAGUGAAUAACAGUUCGCGAUUAUUGUGCAGGGACAGUUGACAAAACAUACAAGUAUUCCGACAAGGAUUCCGAGUUUAUUACGUAAAUCUCGAUGUUACUAUAAACAUGCCAUUGAUAAGGAAACCCAUGCGAUAUGCUCAUCAAGAAGGGCAUACUGACGUCUGUUAUUAUUCUGGUGAAAAGAGAGGUCUCAUCACCUGUGGAUGUGAUGGAGACGUUAGAUCCUGGCUAAAUUUAAUGGAUGAUGAUCCCACUACUAGUUGCAUUUCAGAGCAAGCAAUUACAGCUAUCUCAAAAAAUGGCAAAAUUUUUGUGGGAAACGACAAUAACACGGUACAAAUACUUACUUAUCCUGACUUGGAGAAAGAAGGAAUAGUUACUAGAUUUUCAGCACCAGUCUCGGCUCUAGCAACAACAAAAGAUAGUAAUCUGAUAGCAUCUGGUGCUUGUGAUAUGCGGAUACAAAUUACAAACAUUAAUACCUCAGAGAGUAUAGAACUAGAAGGCCAUGAAGCACCUAUCUUAGGUUUAUCUUUAGAUCCAAAAGAAGAGUUUGUGGCAUCUUCUAGUGCUGAUGGAUCUAUACGAAUAUGGAAUAUUAAGGAAAAGAGAACUGUACAUAUUUGGAAUAAUAUUCUACCAAAAUGUAACUCCUUUUUCAAUGCAAAAUCAUACUGCACACCUUCUUUCAAAUCUACAGAUGGCAGUUGUCUAGCAUAUCCAUCUAACAAAGAUAUAGUUAUUGUAGAAAGAUUAUCAUGGAAGGAAUUAUGUAGAUUAAAAUGUUCUACUUUGAAAACUGAGCUCAGUAUUUGUAAAUUUUCUGAGUGUGGGACACGUAUUGCAGCUAGUUCACUUCAUGGAGAGAUUAUUGUUUGGAAUGUAGAAACUAAGGAAAUUAUUGGAUAUCUUGAACAUGAGCAAGAUACCAAGAUUACUGCAUUGGCAUGGCAUGUAGAUCAUUCCAAUGAAAUUGCAUUCUGUGAUGCAAUGGGAAAAUUAGGAUGCAUUGAUGUGAUAUAUACUAGUAGUAAAUCUGGAAGCGAAGCAAUUUUGGAUUUUGAAAAAAAUGAAGAUACAAUAAAAAACGAUGUUGCUCUACCAGACGAUGACGAUGACGACAAUGAAAACGUGAUAUCUUUGAACAAAAUUAAGGCCUCUGUCAAUUUAGAGGAUGAUCAGAAAAGUCAUUCCGAUAUAGACUCUGAAAAACCUCCAUGCGAUACAAAGACUUUUGUACCUAAUGUAAAAUUACAAUUGUCUUUUCAACCAGGAUCUACGCCCUCUCAUUUAUUAUCAUAUUUCAUGAUGUGGAAUGAUGUGGGAAUGGUGAGAUGUUUCUCAUCAGAGGACGGAGAAGAAUCCAGCAUUGAGGUGGAGUUUCAUGAUGUCACAGUUCAUCGUAGUAUGCAUAUAAAUAAUUAUUUGCGACAUUCCUUAGCUGCCUUAUCUACUCAAGCACUCGUUCUAAGCUGCGCAGCUUUUGAUGAUAGUCCUAGUAAAAUUGUUGUGAUAGUUCUGCAAGGAUGGGGUUCUGGAAAUAAAGAAUGGUCUUUGGAUCUACCAGAAGGAGAGGAAACCGAAUGCUUGGCAGUUGGUGACAAUUUCAUCGCGGUAGCAACAUCUAAGAGAAAUUUAAGGAUAUUUAUGAUAGGAGGAACGCAACGUGAAAUCUUAGCACUGCCCGGACCCGUGAUUGCAAUGAAUGGUCUAGGAAAUCAUCUUGUGAUAGCUUAUCAUGCUGGAAUUGGUCCAGCGGGUGAUCAAAAUAUAAAUCUAUUAUGGAUACAAAUACAAGGAGCGCAUUUACGCAGUCAAACUUUAAUGCUUCCACUUUCGCCAGCAUCAGAUCUCAUGUGGUUAGGGUUAUCAGACGCUCGUUCUCCCACUAUCAUGGAUUCUGACGAUAUUAUCAGGAUAUAUGAUAAGAGAUCUUGUCAAUGGAGAGUGCUCUGCGAUACGAAUGCACAGGGAAAAGGUAAAACAGAUCACUAUUUUAUAAUUGGCGUUAGCGAGUAUGAACGGAAUAUGCGGUGUAUUCUCUGCAAAGGCAGUUAUUAUCCACCAACAACCCCGCGACCGAUAAUUACCGAAGUAUUUUUAUCUGCACCUCUCUGUGAGCCGGAAUCUGAGAAAACUGAGAAAGAACGUAAACUGUGGGAGAUAGGAAACAAUCCAUCUGAUGAAACUGAGGCAGUAUUAACAUUAAUAGCGCUUGCCUGCAGAAGCAAUUUGGAAUAUCGCGCAGUGGAUAUUUGCGAACAAAUUGCGUCAUCAAAAGUAAUAGAUCUGGCCGUACGGUACGCUUUGCGUGUAAAUAAAAUGGCGUUGGCAAAAAAAUUAGAAACAAUCGCUGACUCGAAGGUGGAAUCUAAAGAUUCGAAAGAAGAGGAUAUAGAAAAUUAUCAAGAUGAUUUCACAAGCAAUGAUAAUUCUAGCAUCAAUAAUGAAGAGGAGGAAGAUAUUCCAUUACCAUCCAUCCAAAAACCGGUAAUAGAGAUUAAGCCAUUAGCUAUAAAUCAAACAUUAAAGAGAGUAAAUCCAUUCUUAAAAGCCGGAAGUCCAUCUCUGUCACCAAGAGGUUUAGCUGGUUUAAACACUUUACCCGAAAAACCUCAAAAACCUGCAUUGACGAAAGUCGUGCCUAUUAAAUCAAAAUCGAAGACCGAAACUAAGAAAGAAUCGUUCGUUAAUUGGUACGCCAAGAAUAAAAAGAAUUUGCAAGAAGAAUUCUCUGAGGUGAACGUCGCUGAAUUAACUAAAAUUGGUUUGACGCGAUACAAAGAGGAAACGGCGCAAUCGAACACAAACAAUACGGUUGGACCUUCAGAACUCAUUAAGAAACGAAAAUUAUCGAGUCCAGAUAAUGAACACAGUAGCGAAGCAAAACGAUUUGUGAGCAACAAACUCAGCGAAUUUGCAUUCGACAAGUGCAGAAACACGGAAGUCUUUGAGAAGUUUGCUCCGGUCUCUCGGGCACUCGGCACCAGAACAGUCGUUGGCGACGGAAAUCACGUCGUCGUCGAAAAUAAAUUCUUGUUCGGUGAAGAUUGUGGGCGUUGUCAGUGAUCGACCACACGAUGAGAG